GCUGGGACCCCGGGCGGUCGGACGGGCGGGCACCGGUCGGAACUCGGGCCGUGCCGGCUGAGAGAUCUGAAGCGCUCGGUUUCCCCCCCCACCCCGGGCCGGAGCGGGGGCGGGAGGGGGCGCGGGCCCGGGGGAUGCUGGGCUCUGUGAAGAUGGAGGCCCAUGACCUGGCCGAGUGGAGCUACUACCCGGAGGCGGGCGAGGUCUAUUCACCGGUGACCCCAGUGCCCACCAUGGCCCCCCUCAACUCCUACAUGACCCUGAACCCUCUGAGCUCUCCCUACCCCCCCGGGGGGCUCCCUGCCUCUCCGCUGCCCUCAGGACCGCUGGCGCCCCCAGCCCCCGCGGCACCCCUGGGGCCCACCUUCCCGGGCCUGGGUGCCAGCACUGGUGGAGGCAGCAGCUCAGGGUAUGGGGGCCCGGGCCCGGGGCUGGUGCACGGGAAGGAGGUGCCAAAGGGCUACCGGAGGCCACUGGCCCAUGCCAAGCCGCCAUAUUCCUACAUCUCGCUCAUCACCAUGGCCAUCCAGCAGGCGCCGGGCAAAAUGCUGACCCUGAGUGAGAUCUACCAGUGGAUCAUGGACCUCUUCCCUUACUACCGGGAGAACCAGCAGCGCUGGCAGAACUCCAUCCGCCACUCCCUGUCUUUCAACGACUGCUUUGUCAAGGUGGCGCGCUCCCCAGACAAGCCAGGCAAGGGCUCCUACUGGGCCCUGCACCCCAGCUCAGGUAACAUGUUUGAGAAUGGCUGCUACCUCCGCCGCCAGAAGCGCUUCAAGCUGGAGGAGAAGGUGAAGAAGGGGGCUGGCGGGACGUCCACCUCCAGGAACAGUGCAGGGUCUGCCGCCCCGGCCACCACGCCUGCUGCCACGGUCACCUCUCCCCCCCAGCCCCAGCCUCCGCCGCCUGAGCCCGAGGCCCAGGGUGGGGAAGACGUGGGGGCUCUGGACUGUGGCUCUCCCCCUUCCUCCACCCCCUACUUCGCUGGCCUGGAGCUCCCAGGGGAGCUGAAGCUGGAUGCACCCUACAAUUUCAACCACCCCUUCUCCAUCAACAACCUGAUGUCGGAGCAGACACCAGCACCUCCUAAACUGGACGUGGGGUUUGGGGGCUAUGGGGCAGAGGGUGGGGAGCCUGGGGUGUACUACCAGGGUGUCUAUUCCCGCUCUCUGCUUAACGCAUCCUAGCAGGGGCGUGGGAGCGUGGUGGGUGGGGUAUGGCUGUAGCUCCCACCAUCUGGCCCUUGGGGCCUGACCCACCUGGUGACACUUUGCUUGUCCCGUCAGUCAACAUCUUGGCUGGUCUGUUACUGUGGUGACUGCUGUCUCUGUGGGCGUCAUGUCUAUCCUUUGGGUACUGUGAUAACUGCCAUCGACAUGGUGGUGGGCCCGCUGGGUGUUACAAAGACUGCCGUAUUGAUCGAUGUUAUAAGUUGAUCCAUUGGGUGCUCUGAUGGCUGCCAUCUUGGAUGACAUCUUAGCUGGCCCUUUGGACAUGGUGACGGACAUCCUCUUGACCGACCCUUUGCAUGUGAUGGUGACACCAUCGCAAUUACAACUUAUUUGGCCCGUUGGGGGCUGUGGUCCCUUCUUUCUUGGGGAACUUCUUGGCAUAGGAGGUGCCAAGUUGGCCAACAUCCUGCAUAACAUCUUUAUUUGGCCCAUUGGGUGCCAUGAUGGCCACUAUCUUGGUUGGCUGACGUAACCAGUGAACCAUGACGGCUAUCACAGCCCCUGUGUUGGCCAUGUCACCACCAUCUCUUUGGUGCGAGUUGAGUGAGGAAUGCAGGUGAGAAUAUUCCUUGUUUUUUUCGGGAGCCUAUUCCCCCUCUCUGGUCCAGGAGAAUCCAGAAAGGACUGGCUAGGGUGUGGGAAACUUCUACUGAAAUCUG